AUGUAGGCAGGAGGGGCGAGGCGUCUCUCCUCCUCCGGGAGUCGCGCCCCGGGGCCGCGCCCGUCUCGGCCAGCGGGAGGCGCGGAGCUGGCGGCAGUCGGAGCCAUCCAUCACCGCGGGGCUGGCACUCAACGUUUUUUUUAAAGAGUAAAUAACAAAAAAUAGCACAAUAACGGAGGCGAAGAGACUCAGCGGGGAGUCCGCGUGCACACCGCUGUCAACGGAGUGAGCUGCGGCAUGGUGUGCAGGCGACUGCGGCAACUGGUGGAACACGACGCACUGUGGAAGGCGCAGUGUCGCCGCUACUGGCUCGUGCGACGGCUCCCCGCGGGAGUGGCGUCGUGGAGGGAGUGCUUCCGAGAGAUGUUCCGCGACUUGGGCCGCUACGUCGGCUGCUACGCCGAGAUUAAGGGGGCCUGGAAUGACCUGGAGAAAUUCCUCGGCGAGAACUGCCCGGCGCUCCUCGGCAACCUGAGAGAGGGGAUUUUGGAGAGCGUGCUGGAUUCGCUGGAGGCUCAGGUCGGGAUCCAGUUCCCGAACGACUUCCGCUGCUCGCUGCGCAUCCACGACGGGGAGAAAUUUUUGGGACACGGGCUGAUGGGCAGCAUGAAGAUCUCGAACCACCACCGCUCGGAGCACCUCCUGGACGUGGAGACUGCCGUGAUGGGCUACACGACGCGCCGCAGCCUCGAGGGCUGCCUGCCGCUCACCUUCUGCACCCGCACGGCCCUCAGCCAGUACCUGGACAUGUCGGACAAGGGGGGCCUCCACAAGCACGAGGUCUUCUACCCGUCCGCAGUGCGGGAUCAGACGGACUAUGGAGUCUUUGAUCUCUUCUUGAUGGGAUCUUCGUUCACCGACUGGUUCACCUCGUAUGUGAACAACGUUGUCACUGGCCAGUACCCCAUCCUGAACAACGAGAUCUACAAGUACACGUGUGACAAGGACUGUGUCGCACAAACCGGUGACAUCACUGUCUCCGUGGUAACCUCCUUCCUCCCAGAAUUCAGUUCGGUGAAUCCUCCUCACUACUUCUUCACCUACAGAAUAAGGAUUGAGAUGGCCAAGGACGCCCUGCCAGAGAACGCGUGCAAGCUCAUCCGCCGCUUCUGGAUCAUCACGGAUGCCAACGGCAGCAAGGAGGAGGUGGAAGGCCCCGGUGUUGUCGGCGAGUUUCCGACGCUGCGGCCGGGCAGCCGGCACGAGUACACGAGCUGCACCACGUUCACGACGAGCUCGGGCGACAUGGAGGGCUACUACACCUUCCACCAGCUCGGCAACCCCGAGGCCGUGUUCACCGCCACCGUGCCACGCUUCCACAUGGUGUGCCCGCCGCUGCGCCUGGCGCAGGACGGACAGCUGAAGGAGUAACUGUCGGAGGAGGAGGAGGAGGAGCAAGAGGAAUCGAUGACCCCAUCGCUGACCCCGACAUCAUCGUUGCGAGGGCAAUGCCAUCACCGCAGCCAUCGAGCAAGGGACGUGGGGGGGGGUGGGGGGCGGGUGCGGACGACGCUCGGGCCGCGGUGUUUUGCCGCACGCCGAUGUCAAGCGACGCAGCGGCAGCUGCCGAUCGUGGGCGCGCGGGCGCCCCGCGUUUCACCGUGAGCCGCCCCGCGUUUCACCGUGAGCCGCCCCGCGUUUCACCGUGAGCCGCCCCGCGUUUCACCGUGAGCCGCCCGCCAACGGCGAUAACAGAAGAUAGCCUUGCGGUUUAUUUUCGGGAGUUUUUUUUUUCUUUCUCUACUUUUCCCUGUUGGUGCUGCUGCCUUGCCGCGGCUGCGUAGGUCUUCGCGGCACAAGGUUCAGGGUUCGUGCUUUGGGGAAAGGCCGUUUGUCUCGCCGGCGCGAUUGUAAGGGCGCAGCGGCGAUCGCUGCUUGCGUCAUCUUUUUUGUUGUUGUAACUUUGUCAUGUUGAUAGCUAGUUUUUCGUUGUUUUUGUUUGCAGGGGUUGGGUUAGUUCGGACCAGAUAUAGUGCUCUUGUCAGUACCAGCGCAGCCCACGUAAAUUGAACGCUUCUAAUUUCUUUCCGUGGCCCAUUGACAGUGACUGAUGGCAAUAGCAACUGAAAUGAGUGUCCUCUCAAUUAAUUCGUUCCGAUUAGCCGUGUAAAUAAAUUGGUACGAAGAAGGUCUUUUCUGACUUAGUUGGUACCGAAUUCUGCUCUGGCUCAUGGGCUGUGUCGCUGGACAACGUGUGGCUGUUUGACGACAAUAAAUGUGGAACGUGCUCCAAAUUAGCCACUUACGAAUUUGCAAUCCGAGGCCAACCUUCCUUUGCGUCAUUUGAUCGAGAAAUGAUUGCGUGUUCAAAGUGGCUGCGACUGGAAGAACGGUGAAGCAUUAAUUCUCAUUGCGAGUAAAAUAAAAAAGGCAAUUAGAUUAACAGGUUUAGCGUAACUACUUGCCGCUAACGGUGAAGAUUUACACUUUGAUAUUGUAUUGUAACGGUGGUGGAAAAUACUAAUACGCUUUCCAACCUCUACGAUGUGUCUUGACGACGCGUGGAGUAAUAUCGCCGUGGUUAUUUUAAUUAACGGAACGAGAAUGUUCAAAGGUUUCAAAGCCACAGAAUAAAAUUGCACAUCAGCUGUUU